CCAUGUGGCAAAGAGGAAGUAGAUGCUAGCUCCAUAAUAGAGGGUAUAUGCUAGAAGGGAUACAGUUUUUUUCGAAUUAACCUCAAAAGUUGGUUAUUUUUUUCAUUUGUUCUAACCCAAUCAUCCCAACCUGCUGCGUAAAUUCUAACCUACGAAAAGUCAAAUCUGACAAAAACUGGAUCCCAUCUAGUUCUAACCCUUAUAAUACCUACGUUGGUGAAAUUGAAAGAGAAAUUUAACGACUUCGACACUAGCUAAGUAAAUUGAUAUAUUUGGUCAAAUGCACCAUAGCUAGCUAGUUGCCGUGUGCAAUUUUCAGACAAAUGUGCCGGCUCUGUAGAUUCUAAAGCUAGGGUCAGGGAGGCACUGCAUAGCCAGCUGUGACUGUAACGUUAGUGAUAUAACUAGCUAAUGCAGUUUUAAAUGAUCAAUGCACUUUCAUUUGCUCGAAGUAGCAUUGCUUUCCCUCGCAGAUUAACAAAACAGAUUGCUUAUCUGUCCCACCUGGUUGACUACAGUUUACCUGCCAAAGUAAUGUCAACUGUAUCUGUGGAGCCAGUGCGCUCUAUUGACAAAUCGAAGCCUGCAGAAGGCAUCUGGCGCCUACGUCAUGUGAAGGGGGACCUGUUCUCCGGUCCUGAAGAUGAGGCCCUGGCCCACUGUAUCAGCAAAGACUGCCACAUGGGGGCUGGCAUCGCAGUUAUGUUCAAGAAGAAGUUUGGUGGAGUGGCUGAGCUAAAGGGACAGAAGAAGGUGCCAGGACAAUGCGCUGUACUGAAAGGACACAAGCGUUUUGUGUACUACCUGAUAACAAAGGAAAAGUACAGCAACAAGCCCACCUAUGACAGCCUGAGGCAGAGCCUUGAGGACAUGAAGUCUCAUUGCUUGAAAAACAGAGUAACUGCAAUAUCAAUGCCUCGCAUUGGCUGUGGCCUUGAUCGACUGAGCUGGGACAAAGUGGAAAAGAUGCUUGAGAAGGUAUUCCAGCCCACAAGUAUCAGUAUCACUGUGUACACCCUCCCUGUAAAACCCACAGGGAAACCAAGUCCACGGGGAAACCAAGUUUCCAAUAAUGUUUUCUGUAAAACAAAAUUAAGUUAAACUCACAGACAAUACAUCAGCAUACUGGUAUGCACCUGUACAAAGUUUGCCCAAGGCUGUACUUUUGAAAGAGAAUAAACACACUUUUCCUUGAAAUCAUA